GAGGCAACAAAAAAUCCAAACACAGUGAAGAAAGAGCUUCUCUCAAAUCUAUAUUACUAAAGAUCUUGGUGCAGUGAGUGCAGUGUUAGGAUCUAUAUAAAAAAGGAUUCUUUUUUUAUUAUUAUUCAUUUGGGGUUUUAAGGAGGUUUCAUCAAUGGCAUCUCCUUAUCCCAUUCCAGUUACUGCUACUCAGGUGGGAACAUAUUUUGUGGGUCAAUAUUAUCAGGUACUUAAACAGCAGCCACACUUGGUGCACCAGUUUUAUAGUGAUUCCAGUACCAUGGUUCGUGUCGAUGGUGUUAACAGGGAAUCCGCCACCGGAUUGCUGCAAAUCCAUUCUCUUGUUAUGUCGCUCAACUUCACUGCGAUUGAGAUAAAGACAGCAAAUCCCCUAGAAUCGUGGAAUGGAGGUGUUCUGGUGAUGGUUUCUGGUUUGGUGCAUGUCAAGGAUUUCAAUUCCCGGAGGGAUUUUGUGCAGACAUUCUUCCUUGCGCCGCAAGAUAAAGGCUAUUUCAUUCUAAAUGACAUCUUUCACUACAUUGACAAGGAACGAAUUCACCAACAUCGUGCAGUCCUAUUAGCCAAGCACAAUCUUGAUCGCGAUAUCAAUGCUUUCGUAACAAAUCCUAAACCAGCGCCAAGCUAUAUGCUGGGAGGAGAUAUCCACGGACGGGAGUUUUUGGCUCCCGUCAGUGCCAAGGAAAAUGGUCUCGUUGACAAGUAUAGUUUCCCGGAGCAACAACUACAGCAAGUUCUGGAAUCUGAGAGUAUUGUGGAGAACAAUUGGGUGCACGAGUCCAAUGCCAAUGGUUCGUUUCUACAUACAGUGAACACUGUCGAAGAGCAUGUGCCUCCUACUGUUAAGGAACCUGUUGGGGAACCCCAAAAGCAAACAUAUGCCAACAUUGUUGCUAAAAGACAACCUGCACCAUCAUUCGGUCCUCAGGUUUCUGUUAACAUGAACACGACACCUGCUUCUGGCUUGGAUCAUGAUGCAAAUCACACUACUCUGCAACCCGUUUUCUCUAACGUAGUUGAAGUGUCUAGUGUUGAUAUGGUUGAUGAAAUUUCACCAGGAGAAUAUGAAGGUGAAAUAAAAUCUGUUUAUGUUAGGAACUUGCCCACUACCGUGUCUGAGUCUGAAAUUAUGGAAGAAUUCAAGAAAUUUGGCGAGAUCAGUCCUGAUGGAGUGGUGAUUCGUAGUCGCAAGGAUGUUGGCAUUUGCUAUGCAUUUGUUGAAUUUGAAGACAUGACGAGUGUCCAUAACGCCGUCCAGGCGGGAAGUGCACAGGUUGCCGGACAACAAGUGUACAUCGAAGAGCGGAGACCGAACAGCUAUAUACCAUCUCGAGGAGGAAGGAGGGAGAGAGGACGAGGCCGAGGUCGAGGCCGAGGCAUCUAUCUGAUGGAAGCUUCGAGGGGGCAUUUCGGUGGUCGAAGUUAUGGUAGGGGCUGUAAAUAUGAUGGAAACAAUCAAGAGUACAGUCGAUCAAGAGGAAACUGAUUUUACAGCUCAAAGCAACAUAUUAUUCAAAGGGAUGAACAAUUUUUUGAAUCAAAGGACUUUCCAAAUCAAAGAAACAAGAGUUUUAGAAUGA